AUGUCAUUCACGAAAGGUUGCGCCGCGCGCCGGCCAGCCCGCCUCGGCCUCGCUGCCGGGUACAGCAGGCGGGGGUCCGCGGCCAGCGUACAGUGGGCGCGGCGGCGGGUGCGGGCCCGGCGCGGCGGCUGCGCGAGCCGCAGUGUGCGGCGCGCCUCCUCGUCGACCGCCCGCCUCCUCGCCAUGCGCGUGCUGCUCGCGCUACUGGCCGCCGCCGCCGCGGCGCUGGCCCUGCCCGCCGCCACCGCCGCCGCCGCGCGCAAGCAGGACCAGGACUUCGAGUUCGACGACGAUGUGGAGGGAGCGGUGUGGCGCCCGCGCCGGUACCUGUACGACCCCAACAGCCCGCUGUGCCGCACGCUGGUGUGCGCGGGCCGCGAGCAGUGCUUGCUACGCGAAGAGCGCAAGGCGCUGUGCGCAGACCGCGCGCGCCUACUGCGCAACGGAGACGUGGUGGUGAACGCGGUCUCGGAGGCGGCGCGCGAGGACGACGUGUUCUACGAGUCGUCGGCGCCCGCGGGCGGCGGCGGCGGCGGCGGCGGCGGUGACCGCGACCGCGACCGCUGCGUCGGCUGCGGCUCCGUGCCCAGGGCUCAGUUUCUCUGCGGCUCCGACAACCGAACGUACUCGUCCCUCUGCCGGCUCGACCUGCACAACUGCGUGCGCCGGCCCGCGCCGCCCGUGGCGCUCGCGUGCCGCGGGUUCUGUCCCUGCCGCCGCCGCGCACAGGACGCGGCGCACGACGACUGGCACCGGCGCGGGCGGCGCCGCGGCCGGCGGCCCUUGUCGCGGACGCCGCCCCGCCCGCGCGGCGCCGCGAGCGCCCCGCCCCCGCCCGCCGCCGACGGCUGCGCGCCCGACAAGAUGGCCGACCGCCUGCUCGACUGGUUCUCCGUGCUCAUGGACGAGGCCGGCGAGUCGCCGCCUGAUCGACGCGGGUUCCCCCGCGACUGCAAGCCGGAGACGCGCUGGAUGUUCGCACAUUUGGACACCGACGGCGAUGGCAUGUUGUCGUCGACCGAAUUGUAUGCGCUCAGGCACGACUCGCGCGAGCGAUGCCUGCGGCCGUUCCUGUCGGGCUGCGGCGCGGGCGCGGGGCCGGUGGCGCGCGGCGCGUGGUGCGGCUGCCUGCGCCGCGCCGCGCGCCCCUGCCUCGCGCUAGCGCGCGCGCACGCGGCCCGCGCUGCUGGCGGCUACGUGCCCGCAUGCGACCACGCCGGCUACUACCGCCCCAGGCAAUGCCACGCGGCGCUGGGCGUGUGCUGGUGCGUGGACGCGCACGGGCAGGAGCUGCCCGGCUCCCGCGGCAAGGGCGCGCCCACGUGUCCCGGUGAAAAGCUGUCAGCGAACGCUAUCAGCUUAAGCAAUGAGACGGGCGAAGACGCGCAAGAGGCGCAGGAGCUGGCGCGCGACGCGCACGCGCUCGCGCACGACGCGCACGCGCACGACGGCGAGCACAGCGAGCGGGGCGAGCCGGGCGAGCACGACGCGCGCGGCGCGCCCGCCGACGACGAGGACGCGCUCGCCGCCGGCAGCGGGGACGCCGAGCUGCGGUUCUGAACGCCAGCCCUACAACCGCACACCCGACACCACACCCCACCGCUCCUACAUACCUACAAGACUCUUUCAAUCUGAACAUACGUUACAUAAUAACAAGCCAAGAGGAGCGACGCUGCCAGCAAGGGGUGUACAAGUAGAUUAAAUAUCAUGUCGACGUAUUUUUGAACAACACAAUGAGUAUUUAUAGUAGGCACCGAUAUUUUUGAUGGCGACGAUACCUACAGUUUACACUGGGAAAAUAAAAUACUAUUUUAACAAUACCUACAGUGUUGCUAAAGGUGUCAUCAAUCGGUCACCAAAAAUGUACGUGUGACGUUUUUAUUUGUUCGGUUUUGUUUAAAAAUAUUUACAAAGAAUUAUUUGUUUGGAAAUGUACAUAGGCACAUUUAAUAUGAAUCUGAUGCCUUUGACACAAUGUGCAUUGUACAAUUAGCAGUAAAAUAAUAGUUAACAUGAACAAAUCUUCAGUUCACGACAGAAAAUAGUGUUAGAAUUUUGUACUUGCAAUCACUUUCAGAAUAUAUUAGACUCAUGAACAUUUUAAGACAAUGGAACUAUCUUUGAUUGAAAUAAAUAUAUAUAUUUUAACGGAUUUCAUCUCAAUUUACUAUUUAUACUUACUAGAAUUUACUUAAAAACUAUGUAGGUUGUUCAGGUUUAGUUUAGUUCCCCAUUUCGCCGCAAGCUACCUGAUGAAGCGGACCACGGGUAGCCUCAGCAGAUAGAUUAGUUCAUGUAAAAGCUUUACAUUAUUUACUUUUUAUUUUAGGCUGUUCUGGAUAAAACUUCAGUUGAAAUUAACUUUGAAAUGUGGCAGGCCUAAAGUUUAAAGGGACCUGUAUCUGGCCUAAACCAUUUGCUUAGUGGAAAUAUUUACCGUCCAGAGAACAAACACAAAGAUGAAAGCAUCAAUAUAAAUAAGUAAAAGGUAAAUACUCAGCUACUCCUUAAAGGUAGAUAUUGUUACGUUUUAUUCCAUUUUGUUGAAGUAUGCUUGUGUUUCCAGCUAGCAAGCUUUCAUAGAGUAGUGUAAAGUUUAAACUUUGUAUUAACAGGCUGACGCCCUCAAGCCAUGUAAGGCUAUGUACUUAAAAUAUAUUUAUAGGAUAUGUUAAUGUUGAACCAUUAAAUGUUUUGGAGUGUGAGUUUCAGACUAGACGGUCUGUGUAAUAAACGGUAGGUAUAACAAUAAAGAUAGAGUAAGCUUAUGAAUGUUUGAUAUUAUGAUAGGGAGCCUGCUCCGAGGCGAGACGAGCCGGGCCUCAGUAACAAGUCACAUUAGGUAGACAAUCAUUUGCACUUUUUUAAAUCUCACUGUAUGUAAUGUAACAAAAUAAAUUAAAUUUAGCCUGUAUGGUACUUAAUAAA